UCCCAUGUCUGGCUGAAACAUUCUCAAAGACAUUGGAAGGGGCGUCACACGAUGAAAAGCUGUAUGAAAGGAGAAUGGAGACCGUUAUUUCAGAGGAAGCUCUGCUGCCAGGGAGGAUGCAGCAGCUCACAUUGUUAGCGAGUGAGAUCACCCAUGUUCUCCAGAUUUAAACCUCGCUCCUCUCGCAGUGGGCACUCUUCACACCCUGAGAGGAGACGAUCCAAGCUUCUGUUUGGAUGAAGAGGCUUUACGCUCACAGUUCUGAGGCGCUGAGUGUCCCUUGUGUUGUGUGUAACUUCAAAUCCAAAGAUCAACUCAUCUGUCAAUAUUUAGAGUGCUGGCUUGCCACACAUAUGCAGAAACACACACAACCCCCUGAGCUGUCAGAUUCCUAGACAUGUCCAGAGGUGAGCUGACUCUAACCUUUAGACUGUUUCUGUUAUCAGGCCAAGAUGGGAAUUAUCUCAACUGGUGAAUGCAUGGAAUUAGCAACACAUACAAAAGUCUUACUUAAAACUUGGACCAAAGCAUCCAAAUCCAAACACUGGACUCCUGAUCCCUAGUGACCCGUGUCACCAUGCCAACUCCCACGAUCCUCACAGCAACCAGGAGUCCUCAGAGAAGCUGCUAGGUUUACAGCUGUGAGCCUUCAUAACGUGGAUCCUCUCCAGUGCUGAGAGAGAGAGACCAAGAGGCAGAGAUGGUUUGCCAGUGGUGUGUCCUGCUGAUUUUCAUCUUGCUGGCGAAGAUGGGACUUGCGGGUGGAUGUUUGUGUCCAGCAGCCACCAUUUUGUCCCAGUUUCCCUCUGAGGUUCCUACUGACGUCUGUUGCUUGAACUACUCCGGCUCUGCUUUCAGCCAUGUGCCCUGGUCUGUGUUUACCAAUGAGACAAACAUAAAGACUCUGGAUCUCUCCUUCUGUAAUAUCACUUCUGUUAAUGUGAGUGAAAAAGUAGUCUCUACAUUGCAAAAGGUUUACUUAGGUCAUAACAGACUAACAGUAUUGCCAAGGGGGUUUCUUGCCAGCCAGCCGAGCCUGAAGGAGGUGGAUCUGAGCAGAAACCAGAUUCAGGAGCUUCCUGAGGGUUUUCUCCAAGACUCAGAUAGCCUCCAGAAGCUUUAUCUGCAGGGAAACCAGUUACGCUUCCUGCCGGGCUCUUUGCUACAGAAGCCCAGUCUGCAAACACUGGAGCUGGAUGGGAACCCCUGGGACUGCUCCUGUUUGUUACUGGAAGGCCUGGAGGAAGGCAGGAAGGUUAACAGGACUACUAACCUACAGACUCUGGUGGGGAACUUGACCUGUGUCUCUCCCAGGUACCUGGCUGGCAGGAUUGUGUUCUCGGUGAGGCUUAGCGACGCGUGCCGCCCAGCUGGCCUCACCGCACUCUUCAUCGUGCUCCCUCUUCUCAUCCUCUCCGCCUUGGUGCUUUGCUGGUGCUGUGGGAGAAAGAGGAAGAGAAAAGAAGCACCAGUAAGCACCUCUAAAAAGAGAGCCUCCAGCUCCAGCUGUAACGGCCAGAAGCAUCGCAGUAAGCAGAAACCUGCAGCCAAUGAGCCGAGUAAAGCUGGAAGCUCUGGCAAUGAGGGGAUCCUGAAGAACCAGCUGCUGCUACGCCCGUCAUCCACCCUGCUGGGCAGCACCAGGGACAUUUAUGAAGAGGUGGAGGUUAAGGUGGGCUCAGUGGAGUCUCUUCCCCGAGUUUCCUUACGUUGUUCCAGCUUCACAGAAGGGAAGCAGGGUCCCGAAGGGCCUGACAGAGCCAGCAAGACAGACCUGGACACAGUCAGUGUGACUGAAGUGAUGAAAGACUCAGCUGACAGAGAGAAGGCUUACCUGACUCAGUCAACUGAAUACUACAGCCUGGUGCCGGGUAUCGAACUGGAGGACUCAGACCACGGCGAAUAUGAGAAUGUGGACCUCUCAUGACACCAUUUUAAAGGAAUAGUUCAACAUUUUGGGAAAUAUGCUUAUGUUUUCAUGAUGAUAAUUAGAUGAGAAGAUCUGAACCUACUGAGUCUACUCAUGUUUGUUUGUUAAAAGCUGUUAAAGGUAUACUAUGCAGGAUCCCUCUCAGUCAUCACCUUUGACCCCAUAGCAGUGUGUGGUGGUGUCUGUAUCUGCCCUCUGCCUCUACUUUCUUAUUUUCUUCUAUAUUGGUUUGUUCAAGACGUGUCUGGGUGUCAACCUUUGGUGUGUAGCCUCCAGCAAAUAGCAGCACAAAGUCUGGACUCGAUAACAAUGUAGUGACCUGCUGUCUCCAUCUCUCUUGUCUGUUUUGUGGAUGCGAGCUGCAGGUCUGUGUGUCUGUUUGAUUGAGGACCAGAUUGAGCCAUACACACAGAGAGCAGAGAAGCAAGCAGACAGGCUGACGCAUGCGCUUCGGAUGAAUUCAAACAAAACCACUUCAUGGUUGUGCAGAGGUGUGGGCGUGUUUUUUUUUUUUUGUGCUUUAGAACAUGACUGAAAAUAAUGUUUUAUUUUCCUGAUCACUGCUUUGUUCUUUUUAACACCGUUCCUGCUCCUCAUUCGCGCUCAAGCUUGAGUGAUCACUGCUGCUCUCUCAAUUAGAGGAGGGGCCAAGUUUGAAUGUUGUGUUUUCAAACAGUCAGCUACAAAACCUGCGUAGUAUACCUUUAAAAUUUUCCUGUGAAAGUUUAAUGAGCUGCACCCACUGAAAGUAACAAACUGAUGUGACCCGUAGAAGUUUAUAACUUUUUCUACAAUCAAACUAGCUGUUUCUCCCUGCUUCUUGUCUUUAUGCUAAGCUAGGCUAAUCACUUCCUGGCUCCAGCUCUGUACUAACUCAAAAACAAGGUGCACCUAUAGGAAUCAUAUUUCGCAAAGUGUCAGGUUAUUCCUUUAAGAGAGACACUGUGUGUGUACAUGUGUGUUACAGAAAAAGCGGGUUAUCUAUGGACACACAGAGAGAGUCUGGUCCGACCACUGUAGUAUCACAAUGUAAGAGGAAGUGAUUUAAUCCGGGCCUUUUCCUGUGGGACCUGAGGAACGCAGUGACGGUUUGAAAGGGAGGCCCACUUUUUUCACUCUGGAAAAAACUACUCAACAUUAAAGACACAAAGACAUUUUUUUCUAUUUGAUGUUUCUGUUUCACUCCAUGCAAAUGUACACUACUGUCUUAAGGUCUUUAACAAAGAACAGGACAUGUUUUUGUCAAUACUUACUUAUUCUAAGUCAAGCAAGCUUUUGUAUGUACUUUUCUUUACCUCACCCAUGUAUAAUUGUCAUAUGCAUUCCAGUUUGACUUGGAUACAGGAUGUUCCGGAUACUUCACCUUAAGCUGCACACCCAGAAAUGUAGGUGCAGAGCAAUGACUAAUCCCAUUGCAAUGCUGCCAGUUAAUUCAUUGUGAAAUGUGGAAUGUAAAGCUCAGAUGAGAAGUCUAAAUUUAUGGAUGUCAUCAAGCAAGGGCAAAGGGCUUGCAUGCUCAUGCUUUACGUCACAUUUUAAAAUGUGCAUGUAUGUUGGAAAAUAUCAGGGCGGUCAGAUCUAAAUGCAGGUGCAUGCUGGUUCGAGAUAAAAAUCUGUGUAGUGCAUACAUCAUGACACUGGAGAGGAGACCUACACAAAAGCCAAACACUGAACAUCAGGGUCAUCAUGGAGGUGCAGGACACAGACAUGCUAUUCUUAUCUAAGAUGUGGAAAACAAACGGACGUCUCACCCUCACACAAAUGCUAAUUGGUUCUUGUUCAGCAAGACAGACGCAGAGAGAGAGACAGUGGGUGCAGCUAUGAGGGUGUGGAGCUUCCUGGAAUUUAAAAGAACAGAGAUGUAUUUUCCGAAGGGUUUUUACAUAUUUUCCAUCACAGCUUUAUUUAUCAACAUUGUAAGGUUCACUGCCAGAAGCCUUAAGCUCAAAAAACGAGCAGAUAAAUGAGUAAAUGUUGCAUUUUGUAAUUUUGUACACAGAAAAAUAGCAUAAAUUUAAUUGUUAACAGGGCUGUAUGGACUGGUUGCUGAGGUCAAGUCUUUCUUCUUUUAUUUUUAGCAACCUGUGCUUUAUUUAUUUUCUCUAUCUCUAAUUAUUGUUCAUAUGCCUCUCAGACUGCACAUAAGCAGUUAAAGGAUAAAGUCAGUUUUCAUCCAGCUCUGUGUCAUCGCAGUCUGUGCAGAUGAGCAGUAUUUGGCUUCACCCUGUGCCGCCAACACCCGGAGCACCCCACUCAUUUGCCUACAGAGUUGUGCCAGGUGACCAAAAUGCGUCACUGAUGGUGCAGUUUUUACAUGCUAACGACUGAAACGAUUGAACGAUUGUGCUUUUGGCUUUGGAAUGGCUAAAAGAAAAAGAACUUCUUCCAAACUUCCAGGCUCUUUAGAUAAUGAGUAUAAUUCAUGCUACAGUGUCAUAUUUGAAAAGCCUGCUGUACUUAUGGUUGCUAAGCUACUGGGCUGUUGGCGGGAUGGGUUUCACCAACAGUCAACUGAGUCUUUUAGACUCAAUAUAUUUUGAUUUGAUUUCAGCGAAUAAUGCAUAAAUAACCAGUCAUCGUUUAGAUGGAGAGAGGAUUUCAGUCCUGUCAGUAUGGAAAAGGCUUUGAAAAAGCAAUUAGACCUUCAUGUUGGGAAAUUUACAGAAAAUAUCUAACCCUAACCCUGAAAUACAUAAAUAAAAUAUAAAGAAUCCAAAUUAAUUGACUUUUUAGAGGUCUAUGGUCAAAACUCUCUGAGAGUGAUAAGGCCCAUGACCUCAGUAUUCCUAAAAUUGUGGCUACAGUUGUGAUUGUGAGAUUGGUUUGAAGUAAAAUUAUCCUCGGUGGGGUGUUUGAUUGUAAAACUGCUGUGCUAACAGCUGCUAAAUAACAUAAACUAGCAUUAAUUAAUAAUCCUCUGUUAAAACAAGAUGGGUAUACUGGUAUGAUUUGUAAUAAAGGCACUGAUUUUUAUCAUGUUUAUACAGGCAGAUGCACUAUCUUGAUUGUUUUUUGUAUGCAAAACAUUCUGAUAAUGAAAGACAAA